UUAUUGACUGGGGGAAGAAAGUAGAUAAAGCCUGUCAUGGCUUCGGCGUCGGGCAACGACGACGACCUGACCAUCCCCCGGGCGGCCAUCAACAAAAUGAUCAAAGAGACGCUGCCCAACGUGCGGGUGGCGAACGAAGCCCGGGAGCUGGUGGUGAGCUGCUGCACCGAGUUCAUUCACCUCAUCUCAUCCGAGGCCAACGAGAUCUGCAACAAGUCGGAGAAGAAGACCAUCUCCCCGGAGCACGUUAUCCAAGCCUUGGACAGUCUUGGCUUUUGCUCGUACAUUAGUGAAGUAAAGGAAGUCUUGCAAGAAUGCAAAACAGUAGCACUAAAGAGGAGAAAAGCAAGCUCACGACUAGAGAACCUUGGCAUACCAGAAGAAGAAUUAUUGAGGCAGCAACAGGAGCUAUUUGCAAAAGCCAGACAACAGCAGGCAGAAUUAGCCCAGCAGGAGUGGUUACAGAUGCAGCAAGCUGCCCAUCAAGCACAGUUAGCAGCAUCAGCCACAUCCAAUCCACUCAAUAAAGCUGGAUCAUCACAAGAUGAAGAUGAAGAGGAUGAUGUUUAAAUUUAACCAGCAAAUUUACUUUUACACAGAUGUCCUUUUACCGCACAUUAACAGUGACCUGGCCCGUCUGCAACUUUCAGCUUCAUUCACAACUUUGCAGGCUGGCUAUUGGUGUCAGGGGGUCAUUGGGCAAGUUAAAACUGUCAUGAGUUUUCAGGUGUAACAACCAAUCACUUAUAUGUGGAAAUGCAGAGGAUUGGAAGUUAUUAGAAUAUUACAUUUAUAUACGACGGGCAGCCAGAGAUGGGAGCAUCAAAUCAAUGCAGUACUUUAACGCUCCACAGCCUGUUUCUUGCAUCUUUCUGAAAAUCAGUAUUGUUAAUGCUCGUGAAUCUGACAAUUAAUGCUUCAGUUUGUGUAACCGUUUGCUCCCUUACUGUUUAAUACUGAAAGCAAAUUUAUUGUGGCUUAUUUAAGUUUGCAAUCGGAAUGGGGUUUUUUUUUUAAUGAGCAACUUGUAACAAGGGUGAAACUGACUAAAAAAAAUCAAAAAAAAAUCAACCUGCCCUUGCUUAACGGAGUU